AUGGCAACGGCGCUGACGCACUGGAGCGAGGGAAAGCGCUCACUGAGAAGGAGCGAUAGGUCGCUCUCACGAAGAGCAAAGAUCUCGCCUCGGUUACUCCCUGAAGCUGAAGGGACUAAAGCUAAUCCAAAACUUGAGGAAUGGUUUGCGGUGGAUCGCAUGUUGGUUGGAUGGCUUCGAAACACUAUGUCUCAAGAUGUUGGAGCACAACUUCUACAUUGCAAAAUAGCUUCCAAACUGUGGAAUGGAGCUCGAGAGCUCACUUGUGCAUCAACCAAGGCAAGAAUCAUGGUGUACAAAACUGAGUUGCAUCAUACUAGGAAAAAUGGUCUGAAGAUGGAGGAGUAUUUGAGCAAAAUAAAAUCCAUUGCUGAUCAACUCGCUCUUGUCGGAGCACCCAUAAGUGAUGAAGAUUUACUUCUUCACACCUUGAAUGGUCUCGACGUAGAGUACAAUGUGAUUGUUGUUAAGCUGGCUGAUCAAGUUGGACUCACCUCAGUCGAAGUGUAG